GCGAAACUGCAAGAUGGCGGACACCGGCAUGGCUGUGAAAACAGACAUUCGUUCUGCCAUGUGGAACCCCGGUGGCUGGAAGAGUCUGCUCACUUUCUUCAUCCUUGCACUUGCCUGGCUUGGUGGUUUUAGUUCUAGACUGUUCGCUGUCAUUCGAUUUGAAAGCAUUAUCCACGAGUUCGACCCAUGGUUCAACUAUCGUUCAACCCACUACAUGGUAACCAAUGGAUUCUAUAACUUCCUCAACUGGUUCGAUGACAGAGCAUGGUACCCACUGGGCCGUAUUGUUGGAGGCACGGUGUAUCCCGGGCUGAUGGUGACGUCAGGCUCCAUAUACUGGGUCCUCAAUGCUCUCAACAUCCCUGUCCACAUCCGGGAUAUAUGCGUGUUCCUAGCUCCCAUAUUUAGUGGCCUUACUGCACUUGCUGUGUAUUUCUUCACCAAAGAAGUAUGGAAUGCUGGGGCAGGGCUGUUUGCAGCUUGCUUCAUUGCUAUUGUUCCUGGUUACAUUAGCCGGUCAGUGGCGGGGAGUUACGAUAAUGAGGGCAUUGCCAUUUUUGCCCUCAUGUUUACGUAUUUCUUAUGGAUUAAAGCUGUUAAAACAGGGACGUUAUUCUGGGCCAUUUGCACAGCAGUGUCUUAUUUUUAUAUGGUGUCAGCAUGGGGUGGCUAUGUUUUUAUCAUCAACCUAAUCCCACUCCAUGUCUUCGUGCUGCUGUUGAUGGGGCGGUACUCUACAAGAAUAUACACAGCAUAUUCCAGUUUUUUUAUUGUGGGUCUCAUCCUCUCCAUGCAAGUCCCAUUUGUCGGCUUCCAGCCAAUCAGAACCAGCGAGCACAUGGCAGCAGCAGGUGUGUUUGUGCUGCUCAAUGCCUACUCUAUCAUCCGGUACCUGCAGACUAUGAUGACCAAGUCUGAAUUCAAAUACUUCUUUUUCUUUGCUGCGACAACUGCCGCAGCCCUGGUGUUUGUGGGAGUCGUUGGACUUACCUGGGCAGGUUAUAUAGCUCCUUGGAGUGGGCGGUUCUACUCACUAUGGGACACCGGUUAUGCUAAAAUCCACAUUCCUAUAAUUGCUUCUGUGUCGGAGCAUCAGCCUACGACGUGGGUGUCUUUCUUCUUUGAUCUCCACAUCCUGGUGUGCGCCUUCCCGGCAGGGGUGUGGUACUGCAUCAAGAACAUCAAUGACGAGAGAGUGUUUGUGGUGUUAUACGCAAUAUUUGCCAGCUACUUCGCUGGCGUGAUGGUGCGGCUGAUGCUCACGCUAACCCCUAUCGUGUGCGUCCUUGCAGCUAUUGCAUUCUCUAAAACGUUCGAGAUCUACUUGAAAGAUGACACUCCGAAGUCGCACAGAUCCACUUCAGAGGAAAACCAGGAAAACAAAAACGACCGGCUGUACGACAAGGUGGGGAAGACAAAGAAGGUGAAGGAGGACAAACCCAAGGAUGAAGAGUCUGUCGGCAUGAACAUCAAAAGUGUCAUUGUCAUCGCAAUGUUGAUGAUGCUGAUGCUAUUUGCUGUCCACUGUACCUGGGUAACCAGCAGUGCCUACUCCAGCCCCAGCAUUGUGUUAGCGUCAUACGGACAGGGAGGGAGCCGCACGAUUCUGGAUGAUUUCCGUGAAGCAUACUACUGGCUGCGUCAGAACACACACGAUAAGGCACGGGUGAUGUCCUGGUGGGACUACGGCUACCAGAUAGCAGGCAUGGGGAACAGAACGACGUUAGUGGAUAACAACACGUGGAAUAACAGUCACAUAGCCUUGGUUGGCAAGGCUAUGUCGUCCAAUGAAACUGCUGCGUAUGACAUCAUUAGUCUGGAUGUCGAUUAUGUGCUGGUCAUUUUUGGUGGAGUCAUCGGCUACUCUGGGGACGAUAUCAACAAGUUUUUGUGGAUGGUCAGGAUUGCAGAGGGAGAGCAUCCCAAAGAUAUCAGGGAGUCUGACUACUUCACGCCACAGGGGGAGUUCCGUGUGGACUCGGCCGGCUCGUCUACUCUGCUCAACUGUCUUAUGUACAAGCUGUCUUACUACAGAUUCGGACAGCUGCAGCUUGACUUCCGAACCCCUGCUGGAUUUGACCGAACACGUGGAGUUGAGAUCGGGAACAAGGAAUUUGAUCUGACCCACCUGGAAGAGGCCUACACCACGGAACACUGGCUGGUCCGCAUCUACAAGGUCAAGGACCUGGACAACCGGGAAAUUGUCAAGAAACCACACAUACCCGUGAAGAAGACUGCACGCAAGAAGAAUAAAAAGACAAAUAAGAAAAGACCUGGAUCAAUCAAGUACAAGCCCGUUGUGAAAAAAGGCGGCGUGAAGAAAUCCAAGAAAACAUAACUCUUUGGGACUCUGCAGGGUGUUACCUGCCCUUCAAUUAUGAGGGUCAAACACCACGAACAGAUCAGUUUGUCAUCAGUGGUGAAGAUAAUGUUAUGAUUGUCAGUGUGGGUGUAUUAUAUGAAUGUGUGUGUGUAUAUGAUGGGUGAGUGGUCUCCCUUUGGAGGAUAUUGCUCCAGAGUAACCUCCCUUUACACGGAUCAUUGUUACAAUGGCCAGAUAUCGAGAGAGAUAUUCUGGACCUGAGAUUUAGUUGUGGUUGUUGAGAUGUGAAAGUGCUAAGCUUAAUCUCCACUAGCAGUCUGAUUGUGAAGGAGGCCAACUCCUACUAUGUAAUCUAUCAAUUUGGUCCUCUGUCUUAAAACUCAUGGCAUGAAGACUUGUCAAAAACAAAUUUUAGAACCCAAAUUUAUUAAUUUUACAGUAGUUUCCUGGUAAGAUAGCUGUUAUUUUUCUGUGAAUUCUAUGCCAAUGGUGCUGACAUCUUUUCAUCUUACAUUAUGGUCAUAAGAAAAUAACAAGCUCUCACACCUCUGCAGAACCUGACCACAUCUCAAAGCCUCAUGCUAGCCGCUGUUGUAUCAGUUGAUCAUCCUUCUCAUGUCCUGUCUGUACGGCAUCAGUGCUUCAGCAUAGUGCCAUCUUCCUGUCCAUCUAUGCCUUGAGUUGAAAUCCCCUGACCACACUUCCAGAGCAAUAACAGAGUAUGUGGUAUUGGGACUGAUUCAAGACUGUCAAUUUGCUUUCAUGUAUCGUCAGUCCAAUGCUUUCGCUACUCUUUCAAACAUCUUUUGAGGUGACAUUUUAGAAGCAUGUUCCUUAUUCAAGAUUUAUUUUUCUCUGAGAUGUAUGCUGUGUUUCAUGCUCAGCAAUGACUAGUCUUUUGGAGCCCUACCUGGUGAUAUGAGAGAUCCCAUUUUAAUUACAUGUAAUAAAUACAAGCCCUCAUGGUAGCAGCUGUUUGAAGCUGAUCCCCCAAAAGCCCUUUUAACAUGAUUUGUUGACUACCUGGUUGUACCAUUAUGGCAUUGAUCGCUCAGUAAACAAGACACCUGUCUGUUAAGGAGAGUAACUUACCUUAAUGAUUGCACUUCCACAUGUUGAGACGAGGAUGUUCCUAUCAUCAUUUUUGGUUUACAAUGAUCAGAUUGAAAUACUGAGCUGGUGUCUCAUUUGAUAUUGCAUUGCAUGAGGACCUUAGACACUUGAGACUUUCUGUACAUGCUAAAAACAUGAAUGAGAUCAAUUUGAAUUGUUUUAGGCAGAAUGGGGUAGGUAAUUAACAAAAGUCCUACAGUAUAACAGGAAUACAUGCGUUCAACCAUGUGCACUGAUGCAGCUGAUAUGAAUAUGGAAGAGCAAAUCUUUUGUGGAUUCUCCAGGUAUUAGUUAUUGACUUUGGUACCUGCCUGAAGCACUGACGUCAUGUAAAUUGAUCUCUGCUGUCAGGGUGUGCUUACUCAGACUUGCUUACAGAGAGUGUUCAAAGGUAUAGGGGGAAUGGAUGGCCCUGUUGGCUCAGUGACUAGACUUCACUUUGCAGAGUUACGCCCCUUUUUAGGGAUGAUCCUCUGAUCAUGAGUUCGAAUCCCAGAUACGCUCUGGUUAUGAUCCUUGGUUUAUCUGCAUGUUACAGUGCUUGCUGGUUUCAAAGAAGUGACAAAUGCCAUAGCCGCCUUCUUUGGGUUCUUUUAUCUUGCAUUCACUCUUCUUGAUAUAUUCUUGCCAAAACAAUUAUGGAUCAUGAUUAUUUCAGGAGAUAUUUUUGUGAAUCUUCAUAGCAGUAAUGUCCCUUUCUUAGGUUAGUAUUAAUAACUAUAAGCAACAAGUCUGUCGGUAAUCAGAAGACAUUUCUGCUUUGUGCCAAGUCCAUUGUUGGACUUCGAUAUCCACUUAUGGUAUACAUGUACCCAGUUUAACACCAAACUAGAAUUACACUCUCACAGGACACUUAGUGGAAAGCCUGGAGACUGCCAGCUCUAUUGAAAAGUUCUUCCAAAUCAAGUCAGCUAUUACUUUUCAUGUCAUGGUAGCCACAAAUCUCAGGUUAGCAAAUAGGUUCUUCUUCAAGCAGUUUGCUUGUUUUUGUUGUGAAUGUAUAUUUUAUUGUUAGAAACAUUUUUCUGAGAUAUUUGUGUCAUAUAUGCAGAUUACCUUGACAAGCUCCAUCUGCCUGUUACCAGUUCUGGUAUGUUUUAUAGGGAUGUGGCCACAUUGUGACUUCAUACUGUUCGUAUACUACUCAAUGUUUGCUAAGGCCCACACCUUUGAGAGUGACUACUUUGAUCCUUAGCUAAAGUUGAGUAGUAUGGCCAAGGACCAUAUUGGUAAUAGUUAUUAAUGCUAUAAGCAGAUUUAUUGAGUUAGGGGGCGUUUGUUCAGAUCAACUUCUGAUAGCUUGUAAGCAUUUAUUUUCUUCAUAUUUCGGUAUCUGUAAAUCAUUCCACAAAAGUCAUAAUUAAAAUAUUAUUGACUUUGUUCAUCCUCCACCAGGGAAGCUUCUUGUACCACCCUAGUGUUGAAGUAAGGUCAUGGUGACAUAGUGUCAAAGUAAGGUCAUGGUGACAUAGUGUCGAAGUAUGGUCGUGGUGACGUGGUGUGUACAGCCCCAAUUAGCAUUGAUACAGGAGUGUUGAUGUAGAUGCUGCUUUUGCGCACACCUUGAAAACCAAAUUAGUGUUCAAUGCUGAAGUUCUUGUAACUCAGGCCAUGAAACAGGGUACUUAUGUUACAGCGUUCUACCAAAGCCGACAGAGUCUAGUGACAUUAAUUGCUUUGACAUUGCCUCCAACUUUGAGGGUGUAGACUCCUUAUAUACUUGAUUGAAAUAUUGUUGAAAGUGGCUUUCCAAGAUUUCCACCAGGUGAGGGGAGGGACCUCCAGUUUGAGCUAUGGUUCAGAAGUAUUUCAAAACAACUUUAAUCAAAAGCAUCACCAUUCUUCAUUCUGCGCUCACAGGGUUCAGUAUUGUUUUCAUUGAUAACAUCAUAAUUAUAUCCUGAUAAAGUUGUAAGUUGAUUCAGUUGAUUUGCUCCAUUUUGUAGUAACUAGCCGUGUAUCUGUGCUGUCCUCUCGUUCAGUGUGAAGCUAAUUGGGGAUGUAACGAUUCACUGAUUCAGUGUACUGGCAUCACGAUACUUAUGAUCAUGUGUCAGUAGAAAGUCAUAUGCUUGUGUGUAAAAAGCAACAUGUAAAAAGACAGGCUUUUUUGUAAAAUGCUUCUACUGGUACGUAAAACAGGUCUCAAGCUGUUGUUUUGAGUCAUUUCUACUUCAGCUUAUUGAAUGAUGGAAUUUGUGUCCAUAACAUUUUCCAUGCAUCAUAUCGGGAAGGGCAAGCAUAUCAUAGAUAUACGUGUCUCACUCAGGAGUCACUGCAACCUUAGCAUUGAGGUGUCGCAUUGCAAACUAACCAUUAAGAACACAUUGCAAGCUUACAAUCAAGAUGUUUCAUAGUGCCCUUACUAUCCAGAUAUUAUCAAAUGACAAACAUACUAUUCAGAUAAGUAUUCACUUUUACUAUCAUGAUAUAUAUCAUAUUACAAUGAAGUGAAUCGUUACAGCCCUUUGAUGGUGAUCAUUUUCCUAGUCCUGACUUUAAGAUAUGUAGAUUGGUUUGAUGAAAUUUCUCAAAUCAUGCAAGGAUCAGCAAGCUAGCACUCUAAUGUCUGUUAUUUUAGCAUGUUGCUAAUUACAAACUGUUUGUUUUGAAUGAUUGUUGCUAGGUGUUGAUGACUCGUAAUGUACAUGGUGACUAUGGAUAACUGUAUAUUUGUGGGAUAAUUUUAUGCAUAUAAAACCCAAUGAAAAAAAUAAAUUGUAAAUGUGUA